AUGAGCUUCCUAUCAUUCUUCUUAGCUGAUAAGACCACAGGUCCUAUUCCGAAAUAUAUCAAUAAUGGGAGCCAGGAUGAUGAUUCAAUUGAUUUACAGAUCACCAAUGGAUCAACUAUUGACUAUAAUUCCAAAGAAUAUCAAGAACAAGAUCAAUCAUAUAACUUCCAAGGGUUUAUUUCAGCAAUAACCAACGAUGAAUAUCGAGUUAUGGUUGAUUUCGCAAAGAACAAAUUUAGAUCAUGGUGUAUUCUUCCAGAACUAGGUGAAAGAACCAAAAAUGGGCAAUUUCUGGCUCUACUAGAUUCAAAUGGCCGAGAAGUACCUAAUUUCAAAUUCAUAUUACUUCCUAUAAAUGGUAUAUCUUUAGACUUCAUCGCUACCACAUUGUCCGCUUCACCGCUAUAUGCCGAACAUUUCGAGUAUAUCACCUUUAAGUUUAGAUAUCAACUAGCAUUAUGUUCUAUAAAAGAAGUAAUAACCGAUUCAAGAGUCCAAGAUAAACAUAAACCGAUACGUAUAACCUUAAAAGAACAUAAGCAGAUUAUACGAGCAUACUUCACAAAGAUUGCAUUCAAUGUCCAAUUAUAUCGAAUCUAUGAAGAAUAUAUCAAACACCUACCACCAGCACCAUCACUCACAAAAACCCCAAAUUCCCCAGUUAGAAUAAAGACAAAACCAUCUCUAAGUAAUUUGAAUACCAGUCUUUCUAGUCUUUCUUUAGACCACCCUUCAAGAUCUUCCAUUUCAUCGACCUCUCCCAUCAACAAAUCAAGUCUUUCUAUAAGGGGUUGCUUUAGCUUGUCAGAACCAUCUAGAGUUGGAUUUAAUAGAGGUUCUAAAUCAAUGGGAAAUCUACGAGCUCCAUGCUCUCCCAGUAAUAAUAGACUAAAAUCAAAACCUUCAAUACCGAAAUUCAGAUUAGGCGAAUUAUAUAAUCCAGUAGCUAGUCCCCAAGUCAUUGAUGAGAACAAUAAUAAGAGUUCCCUGAGUUCUAAUUCUGGUGAUGAUUGCUUGUUAUUCCAAGGUGGGGAUGAUUUUAGAUCUGAUAUUUAUGACAAAUGUAAAUUGGCAAUCUUGGAGAAAUUAAAAGUUGAAAAGAUGACAAUUCGAGCUUAG